AUGAAAACUUACAGUCUUCUCCGAGGAAAUUGCAGUGAAGAGGUCAUCAAUGACUCCCGCCCUAGCGCGGACGGCUAUGUUCAUGUUAUCUGCCUCGGCACCGAGCCAGUAGAGAUAAUCCUUGGCUUCCACGAGUACUGUUCCGACAGCUUUUUCGCCUUCUUUUGCUCCGGCACCGCAUUUAAAUUCGACUCUUCAAUUCGUCUUCGCUCUGGUGAUUCGCACCGAGAGAGAAAAAUGACGGUACUUGUAUUGCGUGCACACGAUUUUGAUGCGCUUAUGUUGUUACAUUGCUGUGCACAUCAGGAUUACCACAGGGCAAAGGCGUUGAAAUAUGGUGAUUGUGUUGAGGAUUUGGUUAGUGUUGCCCCCGUUGCCUUCCCCUUUUGGAAGGGUAUGCUUUAUGCGUUCUUUGAAGAGAUUUCUAAUCCGAGGUCUGCGGCUUGUGUUUGUGUGGAGUCUAAGCAGUUGCAAAUGGCCUGGCGCGAUUCCAAGAAGAAGAUUGAUUGUGGGGUCUUUCUCAUGCGGCACAUGGAGUCGUAUGUUGGUCAGCGUGUCGCCGAGUGGGAGUGUGGUCUAGUCAAGGGAGACACUACGACUUUGCAUAAGCUCAGGUUGCGUUACAUGAAGGAGUUUGUGAUUUCGGAGCAUAAUGAAGCACCAGUUGUAGAGACUGUUACUCCUCAGUCUCAGCAGCCUUUGCCUCCACCUGUUCCAAAGAAAAGGAAAGACGUUGAAACCAGGUCUCCAUGUUGGGAUCACUUUGAAAAGAUCAAAGACAGUGAGGGCAUUGUCGUCAAAGAAAAAUGUAUAUAUUGUGCAAAAGUGUAUUGCUGUGAGACCAAGAAACAUGGGACUUCUUCUCUGAGGACUCACAUUGUAAACUGCCUUAAAAAUCCUCACUCUAAGGAGACUUGGCAGUCCCUACUUACAUUCCGACCUACACCUUCUUCUGCUGGAACUCAAAGUAGUGAAGGAACUGAAGGGGUGUUGGUUACUUGGGUGUUUGAUCAAGACUUGAUAAGGAGAGCCUUAGCUGAGAUGAUUAUUUUAGAUGAACUUCCUUUUAGGAUUGUUGAGGAACAGGGUUUUAGAAAGUUUGUUUUAGUUUGCUGUCCUAGGUUUAAAAUCUCUUCAAGAUGGACUAUCAGUAGGGACAUUUUCAAGAUAUUUUCUGAUGAGAGGGUGAACUUGAAGAAGUUUUUUAGGACUAGCAGUCAGAGGGUAAGUAUCACAACUGAUACUUGGACCUCAGUCCAGAGAAUAAACUACAUGUGCAUAACUGCACAUUUCAUUGAUAGUGAGUGGAAGUUGCAAAAGAAAAUUAUUUCAUUUGUUCUUAUAUAUUCCCACAAGGGGGAAAUUAUUGCAAAGGCUUUAGAGAGUUGCCUUUUGGACUGGGGUCUAAAAUCAGUGUUUAGUGUGACAGUAGAUAAUGCUUCCAGCAAUGACACUGCCCUAGGAUUCUUGAAGAAGAAGUUGGUCUCUUGGGGUUGUACUGCUGUUAGGUGUAAGUAUUUGCACAUGAGGUGCAUUGCUCACAUCCUUAACUUGGUGGUACAGGAUGGGUUGAAAGAAUGUGACAGUUCUGUUAAGAAAGUCAGGGAUGCUGUUAGGUAUGUGAGGAGCUCACCUGCUAGGUUGCAGAAGUUUAAAUCACUAUCUGAUCUAAUUGGGGUGGAAGCUAAGAAUUCUCUGUGUCUAGAUGUCCCUACAAGGUGGAAUUCCACAUAUAUGAUGCUUAAUACUGCAUUAUUGUUUCAGAAGGUAUUUGAAGCCUAUGAUGAUCAUGACAGUUCAUUUAAAUCUAAUUUCUGUGGAAGUGUACCUGAUUUCUUAGAUUGGGAAUCCAUUCAAUCUUUGGUUAUGAUUCUGAAAUCUUUUUAUAAAAAGACUGUUAGGAUUUCUGGUUCAUUGUAUGUGACUUCUAAUACCUUCUUCUCUGAGAUUUUUGAUUUGUCUUGCUUGUUGAAAAAUAUGGAGGAAGCUACAGAAGAUAAUGUUAAACUGAUGAGUAAAAAUAUGAGGGCAAAAUUUGAUAAGUAUUGGGACCCCAGGGACAAAAUUGAAUAUAUGCCCAUUCAGUUUAAGCAGUUAUAUGGUGAGGACAAGGGUAAAACAAUGUUUGAUAAGGUUAUUGUUGGCCUUAAGGAGUUGUUUGAAGAUUAUGUUGCAUGCUUCCCUGUCCAGUCUGUUGAACAAUCUGACAAAUCUUCUCCCUCAAUAACAAUAUCUAAAUCUGUUUCUGUUGGGAGACCUCAAUCAUUACUGAAAUCUCAGAUUAAGAAGCAAAAAUUGGUGAGUGGGGAUUUGUCUUGGAAAAAAACUGAGUUGGAAGUGUAUCUCUCUGAGGUUAUUGUGGAUGAGGAUGAUUCUUUUGAGCUUCUAAGAUGGUGGAAGCAACAAUCUGAAAGGUUCCAUGUCUUAUCUAAAAUGGCAAGGGAUAUUCUAGCUGUUCCAAUAUCAACUGUUGCUUCAGAAUCAGCAUUCAGUACAAGUGGAAGGGUACUUGAUGCCUUUAGGAGUUCCCUAACUCCUAGAAUUGUUGAGGCAUUGGUGUGUGCAUAG